AUGAACAUGUUGGACGUAGAAGACGACAGCUUUCACGUCACACGUGAAGGCUACUCUCAUCUGAGUGACUCAGAAUGGGAGGUAGUCGGCCGCAUGAGUGUGCUCAUGGGCGAACCCGCCAUCAGUGAUAUGUUGGUGUCUCUAAGCAGAGACCAGCAACAUGCUGCUUUCAACAAGUUCCUACAAGGGGAACUUAUCGUCGAACGACAGAAGAUAGCCUUGCUACAACAGUGA